AUGCAACCCCGGAAAGUAUCAGCAGCACCAGAUACGUCUGAUUUGUUUCUCACAGAUGAUGCUACAGCAAGCCGCAACAGCAUCCUGCACCGCACGACACCCACAUUACACGCCCUAAUUGCCACUACCGAUACUACACCAACAGAUCACGAUCAGGAUAUUUUCGUCUCUACUCCAGAAACCAUAUUGGAUGAUAUGCGAAACCCAAAUCCAUUGCAGCCAUGGAUGUAUCGAGGCACAAACGUGACUGAACGAUUUACAAGUUUCAAGCAAGCCAUCGCCACAAUCACAACCAGCCAAUUGCUCUUUAUCGAUCCAUCUGUGCACGAGCUGUUGGCCUUUUCUAAUAUCUUUCUCUUGUGUACGAGUCAACACAGCCCGCUUUGCAUCGAUACUUUAAUGAUAGCAUAG